GGCUUAUGCAUAUUCCAACAUGUGCUUCUGCUCCUCAUGGUUUAUUGUGCCUGAAAGACCAAUUCCUUGUAGCUUCUCAGGUUAAUAAGCAUGGAUCUGUAGGUGGCGGGGCUAUCUUCACCUGGCCCUUGAACAAGUCAAUUAGGUAAAUUCUGAGGCUCUAUGUCCAUGACAAAUCAGACUGGUCUGGGUUUCGGAUUAAAGUGGCUCUAGAUGAUGCUGUUCUCAUGAUUAUUGGUUUGGGUAGUUGGUAAAUUUCAAUUGUGAUUCUUGAUUUAUGUAUUAUAUCAAAGUGAUAGGUGUUUUCAUGAUUAUCAAGCAAGAUUUUUUCUCUUGAUGCUUGAUCAAGGAAACUUUUGCUGUUGGUGGUUGAUUUUAUAAUGAAAUUCCUGCUUAGCCUGGUGGCCAGGGGAUUUGUGCCCCUGAACCUCUUCCCCCUCCCCAGUUAUUCAGGAAAAAGAAAAAACGAAAAUUCCUGCUUUUACUUUUGUUUUCAUUUUUGCUGAUUUGCCUCAUAUUUGUAAAAUCUGAUCGAACUACCAAAGAUGAUUCAAUGAAAAAUUUAUAAAAAACCAAUCCACCUAUUCUGAAAUCUAAAUUUGUUGGCAUAAGAUUCUACUUCAUUUCAUGUUCAAUUUUCAGCCUCAAUCACCACUUCGGAGCUACCCACUUGAAGCUAUUGGGCCGAUUGCUUGCACCACGGAUGGAGUGUAUCUUGCAGGUGGUUCUCCUUCUGGAAAUGCUUAUAUUUGGGAGGUUACUAGUGGAAGAUUACUCAAAACCUGGGGUGCCCAUCAUUCAUCUUUGAAGUGCAUGGUAUUUUCUAAUGAUGACUCUCUCCUUAUUUCUGGUUCAGAUGAUGGCAUUAUCUGUAUGUGGUCUAUGAUUAGUUUGCUAGAUAUGGAGAAUUCGGGAAGCUCUUCUUCAUUGUUGCACUAUUCAUCAGAGCAUAAGUCCUCCAUAAGUGGUCUGUUAACAACAUCCGGCAAUUCAAACUCAACUUUUAUCUCAAGCUCCCUUGAUGCUACGUGCAAGGCUUGGGACCUGGUCUCUGGUGAGCCUAUUCAAAGUCAGGAAUAUCCACUGGCAAUUACUGCAAUCAUCCUUCAUCCAGUGGAUCAAUUCCUGUUUGCUGGAUGUAUAGAUGGAAGAAUAUUUGUUAGUAUGCUUAACGUUGGACUAGUGGAUGAUCCUUUGGUUAUUGCUGAAGAUCCACUUGUUGUGCUUGAAGGACACAAAGGAUCUAUAACAGCAUUGACCUUCAGUACAUUAGGUCUGAUAUCAGCAUCUGAGGAUUGUACGAUCUGCCUCUGGGAUGCUGUUAGUUGGGUUGCUAUACAAAGGUUUAACUAUCACAAAGGGGCAGUAACUAAUGUUGUAGUGAUUCAGCACUCUUUGCUGCUUCCUUCAUCAAGCCAUCAGAGAGUUCCCAAUCGUCUCUGUGUUUCUCCACUGGACAAAUGCCAGCCACCCAACUCAUCCAUGGGAACCACCACUCUCCGUCGCACAUGUUUUUCCCUCGAUGACAAUUACAAUUCUCUGAAUGUCGGAACCAUUUCCUUGGAGCGACAAAUAUUUGAGAUGGAGGUCUUUCUUAUAUGUUUUGGGGAACAUCCAAUUCUUAUUCCUCUGUUGGUAUGUCACCAGGAAGAACAUACACCUGCAGCUUUGCAGAUGAAGGCAGAAACAAGCAUAGUCCAGCGGAUGUGGGCUACAAGAAUGACAAAGCAUGUUAUGGAAAUGAACAAGCAUUUGCAAUCCCGUUUGCUAGAUUUGAUGCAGAUCCGGUUGCUAUGGAACACUGAAGAUAAUGAGAGCAACAGAAGAAAGAAGAAGAAGCUCAAAAUUGAAACUCCACUCGAGGAAGAGAAGCUACUGCAGUCCCAAAAUUAAAAUUUCCAUGAUUUUUAAACAGGAAGUUAACCAGAAGAAGGUGGCGUAAUUUUUUUUUUUUUUUUUUUUAUAAUUGUAGCAUAAGCAUGGUUCCGUCUAUGAAUCGUCGGAAACAGAAUUUUUUUCCGCUCAUAUAUUUAAAUAUUAUUCAAAAAAUAUUUUAGUUGUUGACUCUU